AUGGCUGCAAGAAGACGUUCAAAUAAACGUAAGAACGAGAAUGCUGAAGAAGUUCUCCAGCAACGUGUCUCAGCGAAUCGUCGUGAAAGACAACGCACCAAAGAGUUGAACGAUGCGUUCGCGAUACUACGAAGGAUUGUACCGUCGUUGCCAUCCGAUAAAAUGAGUAAAAUUCAUACACUUCGGAUAGCCACUGAUUACAUUCGCUUCCUGGAUCAAAUGAAUGGAGAUGGAUUUCGUUUAUUCGGCUGCGAGAUGUCAAUUUGUGAAGGUAAUAAUUUACAAACAACGUUCAAUAUGUGGAGAGGCGGUAUGGCCUCACAACCACAAUAUUAUCCUGAGCCGUUACAGCAACGAGGCUACAUCAAAUGUGGUUUGUUUCAUUCAUUUAUCAUCAGUAUGAUUGCUGCUAUCAUCAUCAUGAAGUAUCAUUUUCAAAUUAUCAUUGUUCAGAUAAAUUCGAUUUAUUACUAUUGCUUUCCAUUUAUCAUUGUUCGCUUCUAA